AUGUGUGCGCAUUUCCCACGCAAACCAUUUGUGCAAGUAGAUGGAACCUGGCUAUAUGGAAAAUACACACAGAUCUUACUUCUUGCGGUUGCUCAAGACGGCAACAGGAACGUACUCCCGAUAGCAUUUGCCAUCGUCGAUAAGGAGAACAUGGAAUCGUGGGAGUUCUUUCUUACCAACUUGCGGAGGUAUGUGAUUAGCAAUGAUAACAUUUGCAUCAUUUCCCAUAGAGGUAAAGGAUUAAUUGCAGCCAUUAGGCGUUCUGGUGUACCAUGGAGAUCUGUUUACUGCAUCCGGCACAUCGCGGCUAACUUCCAGCUAGAUUAUAAGAAUGCAGACUGGAAGAGACAAGUUGUGAGAAUUGCGUACGAGCUAGAGCCACACAUUUUUCGCCAAAGAAUGGCUCGGCUUGAGAGUGACAUGGAGGGUCAAACCAACACAUCUUUCCGGCAGUGGCUGGGUACCAUGGAGCCGUGGUUGGCUACCUUGAUGCCAAGAAUGGGUCAGCAGCAAGUGAAUCAGAUGGAGGCGGGACAUGUCUUUGUCGAAGGCAUUAGGGAUGCAAUGGUUGUAAACCGUCGAAUGGCGAGGUCGAUGACAGUAGAAGUAUAUUCACGACAUAAUGAAACGUUUCGAGUUACAGAGACCAUCGGUUGUCGACCCAGUAUACCACCUAGGUCCUACGGAGUUGAUCUCCGAAAUAGACGGUGCGAUUGCAGGAGGUUUCAAACACUUCAUUUUCCAUGUGCACACGUCGUGGCAGCUUGUGCUAAAGUUGGGCUCAAUAUAGAACAAUUUAUCGAUGAAGUGUACACCAUCGAACGCACGUUGCGUGUAUGGGAAAACGAGUUCCCCGUGCUUCCUGACCUAUCUACUUGGGAGCAGCAGCACCAUGCAGGUGGGGCAGAGCCAUUGGCGCCUGUCCCUCAAGCUCCUUCAUUGACGCCUACUUGA